AGAGAGAGGUGAGAGGUGAGAGGCGGCGGGACGCGGGGCUCGGUCUGGCAGCGCCCCACUCCUCCUCCUCCCGCAGACCCAGCCGCCACAGCAGCGCCCGCCACAGCAGCGGAGGCUCGGGACGAGAACCACGCACCAUGUCUUCUGUUGCUUCCUCUAAAGAAGAUACGAUGUCGUCUGAAAAAGCAGAUGAGAAACAACCUGAGGCUGAAAGCAAAGCUGAGGAAAGCGAGGAGGAUGAGGAGGAGGAAGAAGAGGAAGAAGAAGAAAAGGAAAAGAGUCUCAUUGUUGAAGGAAAAAGGGAAAAAAAGAAGGUAGACCGGUUGACUAUGCAAGUGUCUUCAUUACAGAAGGAACCUUUUACAAUUACACCAGGAAAAGGACAAAAACUUUGUGAAAUUGAAAGGAUACAAUUCUUUCUGAGUAAAAAGAAGACAGAUGAACUUCGGAACCUGCACAAACUCCUCUACAACAGGCCAGGCACUGUGAGAACUUAAAAUCUAUUUUGUAUAUCUAGUAAUUCUCGUGUGUGCUGUGAAAGUUUAUCCUGUAAUUCUUGGUUUGUUGUUAGUCUUUUAGGCAUUUGCACUUGUAGAUCUACUGAAGUGUCCUUUGUUACAAAGUACUCUUGAAGAUUGCUGCUGUUAAAGGCAUAGUUACUCAAGUCCAUAAUUCUUCUAAUUUCUGUAAACUACUCUUAAAAUCUUGUGGAGAGGUAUCCUGAAUUGUGAGCCUUAUUGGAUGUAGGUUUUCCCCCUCCCUCUCCACUCCAAAGACAGAUGUUAAUGAUCACUUGAUACAGAUGAAUUGGAAAUAAUUUAUAACUCCCAUGCUAAAACUACCAAUGUACAUGGAACAUUUUGACUAUAAUCUGUAUAGUUGCUGCUUUGUAUGUAGCUGUGUCUUAGUACUUCAGGUUAUUCUGCUUGGUACCUGUGUUAGUGGGUUCCACUAUGUUGCUACCUACCCAGUCAUUUUCUCCUAUAGGAUGCACAAAACAAUAGAAAGCAAAAAUAGGUUAAUAUGUAAAAUUUUAAUUAUUUUAUCAUAUUUAUCUAAAAUAAAACUGAACUAAAAUAUUAAUUUUAAAAGGAUCGUUAAAUCCAAGAAUCAAUUUAGAUUUACAAUAGCAAAUAUUUAUUAGUGCCUUUUAUACACCAUUGCUGAUGCCUUACAUUUUGCAAUACAUCCAGCCCGUUGUCUUUGCUAAGAGGAAUGAAAUGGAUAUGGAGUAAUUAAGGCAAAUUAAACAUUAUCACUUCAGUGCUUUAUUUUCACUUUAUUUUUAAGCUCUUAUCGUAUUUUGGAAACUUAAACAGCUAGCACAGAAAUCAGGAACUGAGUAACGUGAGUCCAGGUGCUAGUUAUAAUGUCUGAAACCACUGCUGCAAAUACUGUGUUUAUUUAAAUGACGCAGCAAAGAUCUGUUAUCUCAACUAUUCAGGAGGAAGAAUGGUGUAUAUGCACUAGAAUCUGUGAAUUAUGUGGUAUUUAUUUGGUGUGUCAGUAAACAAAUUGAGUAUUUCUGGCUCGGUGCAUAGGGAUGUUGACAAUCUUUUGGAUUGUUUUGCAGUAGAAUUUGAUAGGAAAAGUAGAAUGACAACCACGUAGUUUUCUAGAUUUUUAGUGCAAGUUGUGAAACUGAAUUCAUUUAUGAAACCAGUGAUGCUUUUAUCUUCUGGUAGAAGUACUGAGAAUCCCUCUGUCCCACCAUAGUUCACAGAUCUGAGGUGUAACUGAUUGAGGAGGGGAGUAAACUCCUUUACUCCUCCCAGGAGGGGAGUAAACUCUUCAAAAGGGCUGACAAUAGCAGGA